AUGCAUCUUCAAUUAUUUGCUUUAUUUGCCAUAUGUAUUGCAGCAAGCUAUGUACAAGUAUCAGCUGAUGAUCCAACUGUUGUUGGCGUCGUACCAUCAGCAGUAGAGGUUGAUAAAUCGAGUACUGAUAGUACAACAACAACUGCUGCAUCAAAAGAUGAUGAUGAUGAUAAUAGUAAAGAAGUUGAUGAUAAAAAUAAAAAAUUUGAUCAUAUGCAUAAGGAACAUCAUGAACAUGAGGCAACAAUUACUGUUAAUGUUCAUAAUGUUCUUGAUUUAUUCAAACAACAAUUAAAAAAAACUGAACAAAAUAUUAUUGCUGCAUUAAAAAAGGAUGAUAGUUCAUCAUCAUCAUCAUCAUCAACAGAAUCGUAUCGUACAGCUGAUCGUAAUGCUAAAAAACAAGAUAUGAAAACCAAAGAUGAAAAAAAAGAAACAAAAGACAACGACAAGGACGAUGAUGAUGACGAUGAUUAA